AUGAGCGCCUCGAUCAUCCUCCCGCUGAAGGGCACAAAGCCGGCGGAGCUCUCAAAUGCGCUCCUCUCCUACUACGCGGAUGUCACGAAAUCGCGGCCGCCUGAAGCUGCGGCCGCAGCGGCCCGCACGCUCGACCAGGUGCGGGAGCGGCUGUCCUCCAUCAAGGCGUUGAGCGACACGACGGCGGACGCGGCGGCGACAGAGCUGCUUGCGUACGAGCGGCAGCUCGCCGCACUCGCCCGGCGGCUCGACAACGCCGGCGCGGCGCUCAACGUCCGCUUCAUCUGGCGCGACGCGUUUCGGCCAAAGCAAAAGGUCGAGAAGGGCGACCUCGACUGGGAGCGGGUGUGUACGCUCUUCAACGCGGCGGCCGCGCUCGGCUACGCGGCCAGCCGCGCCUUCCGCCGCGGCGCUCAGGCCGAUGCCUUCAAGCAGCUGCAGCGCGCCGCCGGCUGCUUUGCUGCGGCGCACGACAUGGUGCGUCCGGCGAUCUGGGGUCUGGACCCGCGGUGGGAGCCGGCGAGCCUGUCACCCGACCUGGGCCUCGAGAUGCUCUCCGCCCUCCGCGACCUCAUGCUCGCGCAGGCGCAGCACGCCUUCCACCAGAAGGCGCUCGACGAGGGCAUCCGCGCGCCGUGGCGCGCCUCUUCACGGGUGCAGCUGUGA